AUGGGCGGGCUGAUGCACAUGCGUCCAUCCGAAACCUUGAAGAUUGAUAUCGUAAGGUACAACGGAACCGAAGAGGAUUCCCUUUUGGGAUGGUUCGUCGAGUUCGACGAAGCCAUCAUGGCCCGUCACAUCGUAGGUGACGAGAUGCAAGUCACCUUCGCCCUGUCGAAUCUGACAGGACGAGCAGAGACUUGGGCCUUAGGGCUCAAGCUUCACGACCCAAACUUGUUUGAGUCGUUGGAGAUCUUGAAGUCUCGGCUCAAAGAGGCAUUUGAGCCGCCGAGAGCCGAGUCCAGAUCACGCUCUGCACUCUUGAGGCUAAAGCAAGGUAAGCGUGACGUGCACGCUUACGCACAGCACCUGCGCUACCUUGCAAGUAGCGUUACGGAGAACCCUGUUGAUGAGCAUACGCUCAUCAACGUGUUCAUCUACGGCCUUGUAAAUGGACCGGUGAAGACCUACAUGUUCCGAGAGAACUUCCAUACACUGGAAAAGGCGAAAGCGCAUGUGGAACAAGAAGACUUUAGCCUAAGACAUUCUCAGGCUAACUCGUCAAACUAUCGUACGACGAGACGACAGGAAACAGGAGGUCCCAAAACCAUGGACCUCUGUUACAUUGAGAGCUAG